UAGCGCGACACGGUAUAGAACACUAGACAAUGGCAAGAUUCAAAGCAGCGACACUGACGUAGACGGGACUGAGAGCUAGGGGACGGGAUGAAGGAUCAUGGACGGAGCUGAAGGGUCUCGUAGCGGACUGACGGCAGGUUGACAUUGAGUGUGCGGCGAUUGGGACGGAGAGCUGAUAGAGGGCCGCCUGAGACCGUCCGGUGCUGCCCGCCGCAGGCAACACGGGCCAAUGCGGUCCUCUUAAGAGUCCAGUCGCAGGCCGUCGCGCCUACCCCCGACACUGAAAUAAGCGCCGGACGCGUCGCGCCCGCCAUCACUUACCUCCGCGCCGCCCGCGGAGAUCGGAGUCAUCGUUAUUGUCGCGUUUUCGGCGGCUCCCUUGUUUGCUCCUCACUCUACUAACCAAAAUUAUGGCGACGACGACGACGGCGUCGGCGUCGGGCGUGACGCGCAUCUCUAUCCUCGGGACGGAGAGCAUCCACACCGGGCAUGCGAUCCUGCCGCACAUCGCCGCGACCGUGCUGGACGAGUUGCCGGCGAGUGCGUACGUGCUGGUCUCGGACACCAACAUCGCGCGCGCGGGAUGGGUCGAUAAGCUGGAGAAGGCUUUCGUGGACGCGCGCGCGGAGCGCGAGGCGAAGGGGACGCUGAAGAAGGCGUACAAGUUCCUCACCCAUCUCCUGCCCCCGGGCGAGCAGACGAAGAGCCGUUCUGGGAAGGCGGGCGUGGAGGACUGGAUGCUCGAUCACCGUUGCACGCGCGACACGGUCCUCCUCGCCCUCGGUGGCGGCGUGGUGGGCGAUCUGGCUGGUUUCGUCGCUGCGACGUUCAUGCGCGGUAUCCACUUCGUGCAAAUUCCUACUACACUGCUCGCGCAGGUAGACAGCGCUGUCGGCGGCAAGACCGCGAUCGACGUUCCCCUCGGCAAAAACCUCAUCGGCGCGUUCCAUCAGCCCGCCUUCAUCUUCGCUGACAGUGCCUUCCUCUCUACCCUCCCCGAACGCGAAGUUGCCAAUGGCAUGGCCGAAGUCAUCAAGACCGCUGCUAUCCGCGACGCCGCCCUCUUCGAAGCGCUGGAGUCGCACCCCGAACGCCUCUGGACCGCGUGGUCGGGGAAGCUUGCGCCUGGGGAAGAGAACCUCCUCCUCCGCGCCAUAACCACCAGCAUACAUAUCAAGGCCGCCAUCGUCUCCGGCGACCCCCACGAGCGCACAGGCCUGCGCAACCUGGUCAACUGGGGCCAUAGCAUCGGCCACGCCAUCGAGGCCUGUGUUACUCCUCUUAUACUUCAUGGCGAGUGUGUCGCUAUCGGCAUGAUCCUCGAGCUCGAAACCGCGCGAGCCCUCGGACACGCUGGGCAGGGCGCGCUAGCGCGGUUGUCGGGCGUGUUGUCGGCUUAUGGGCUGCCUGUCAGCAUGCACGACCCUCGCCUUCGCGACGCCAUCGCGCGCAUGCCGAGUCUUGUGCGCGGGUGGGCGCCUCCGACGCCCGAACGGCUACUCGACGUUAUGCGCGUGGAUAAGAAGAACGCCGGCGACGAGAAGCGCGUCGUCCUUCUCGCCGGGAUCGGGCAGACGGUCGAGGAGCGCGCCUCCCCCGUACCCGACGCCCUCCUGCACCGCGUGCUCUGCGAGAGCGUGCGCGUUAUCCCGCCCGCACUGCCCGGCUUCCCGCAUCUCGCGGAUAUGGAGGCGUAUCAUGCCGAAGGACCCGCGAGCGAGUUGUUGGAUAAGGGGAAGGGCGUCUCCCUCAAAACGCCCGGCUCGAAGUCGAUCUCGAACCGCGCGCUGCUGCUGGCGGCGCUCAGCAGCGGGACGACGAAGCUGCGGAACCUCCUGCACUCGGACGAUACGCGCGUGAUGCGCGCGGCGUUGGGGGAGAUGGGGGGUGCCACUUUCACCUGGGAAGACGGCGGCGAGACGCUCGUGGUGCAUGGGCGUGGCGGAAGUUUGCACGCGCCCGACGCAGGCAAGGAGGUAUACCUUGGCAACGCGGGUACGGCGGCGCGCUUUUUGACGACUGUAUGCGCGCUUGUAGAUGGUCAGUGGAGCGUCGAAAUACGUAUGAGUUGUCACGCUGAUCGGCCUGCAGCGACCGAGUCGGCGAAGACCACAACAAUAACGGGCAAUAAGCGCAUGAAGCAGCGGCCUAUCGGUCCGCUCGUUGACGCCCUCCGCGAAAACGGCGCGAGCAUCGAGUACCGCGAGGGCGAGGGCUGCCUCCCGCUGCGCGUCGGCGCGGGGCAGGGACUUGCGGGCGGCCACAUCAAGCUCGCCGCUUCGAUUAGCUCGCAGUAUGUGAGCUCGAUACUGCUUUGCGCGCCCUAUGCGAAGGAGCCGGUGACGUUGGAGCUUGUGGGCGGGCAGGUCAUCUCGCAGCCUUACAUUGACAUGACGCUGGGGAUGAUGGCCGACUUUGGCGUGCGCGCGACGAGGCGGCCGGGGACGGACAUCUACGAUAUCCCGCGCGGUGUUUACCGGUGCGAUGGAGGCGAAUACGACAUCGAGUCGGACGCCUCCAGCGCCACCUAUCCUCUCGCCCUCGCUGCCAUCACUGGCGGCAAAUGCACUGUCGAAGCCAUCGGCACGCGCUCCCUCCAGGGCGACGCUGGCUUCGCUACGGGCGUGCUUGCCGGCCUGGGUUGUGAGGUCUCGCAAACGGAGCGAGAGACCACAGUCGUGGGUGUCGGCGCGUGGACGAAGGCCGGUGGCAGUGAGAAGGGGAUGAUGGCUUGGGGCGGGCCCGAAGAGCGCGAGCUGGACAUGGAGACCAUGACGGAUGCGUUCUUGACGGCGACCGUGCUAGCUGCGGUGUCGAAAGGGACAACGCGUAUCAUUGGGAUCGCGAACCAGCGCGUGAAGGAGUGCAAUCGCAUCAAGGCGAUGGUGGAUGAGCUUGCCAAGUUCGGCGUGGAGUGCAGCGAACUUCCAACGGGGCUUGUCAUUCAUGGGCGGCCGGUAGAGGAGUUGAAGCGGGGGGUGGUCGUGCACACCUACGAUGACCAUCGCGUCGCGAUGGCGUUCUCUGUGCUUGCGGCCGUCGUUCCCGGAACUGUCCUUGAGGAGAAGCGCUGUGUCGAGAAGACCUGGCCGAACUGGUGGGAUGACCUCAGCGGCAAGCUGGGAAUUCACGUCGAAGGCGUUGACCUUGGCUGGACGCAACCACCACCACCCGCCGAUCUUGUACGUGCCCCUUCUGACAAGUCUGUCAUCAUCAUCGGCAUGCGCGGAUCUGGGAAGACGCAUAUCGGUCAACUGGCCUCUGCCGCCCUUGGGUGGCCGUUCCUCGAUGCGGAUGUGUACUUUGAGGAGAAGCAUGGGCUGACGGUGAGGGAAUAUGUGCAUGAGAAGGGCUGGGAGGCAUUCAGGGGCGCUGAGGCGGACAUUCUCAACCUCAUACUCAAAGAGAACGGCACGAAGCACAUCCUGUCUUUGGGUGGCGGCAUCGUCGAGACUCCCGCUGCGCGUGAAGCUAUCCAGGCCUACGCUUCCUCCGGCGGCCCCGUUGUGCACAUCGUCCGUAACAUGGACGAGGUGGUCACGUACCUCGGCGCCGAGACUGCACGCCCCGCCUACGGCGAGUCCAUCACUGACGUUGCCGCUCGCCGCGCGCCCUGGUUUGCCUCGUGCUGCAACUUCGAUUUUGUCAACCAUCUCGGCACCGCCGCGGCGGAUCAUGUCCCGGCGCAGGCGCGCGCAGCGACGGCGCGAGAGGUCUCGCGAUUCUUCAAGCAUAUCACAGGCGUGGCCCCCAAUACGUCGGCAAACCUUGCGGGCUGGCGGGAUGGGAGGAGGAGCUACUUCCUGAGCUUGACGUAUCCGGAUAUCUCCGCCGCGCUUCCGCUCAUGGAGGAGCUGACAGCGGGGGUGGAUGCGGUCGAGCUGCGCGUGGAUCUGUUGCGUUCGCCUCAGGGCGGGUCCGCCGGGGUCUAUAUUCCUCCUGCCGCCUAUGUGAGGGACCAAGUUGCGCUCCUCCGUCGUGCUACCAACCUACCCAUCGUCUACACCGUCCGCACCAAGGCGCAAGGCGGCGCAUUCCCUGACGAUCAGUCCGCAGCGGCUGCCGCAUUGCUCGAUCUCGCACUCCGCCUCGGUGUCGAGUACAUCGACGUUGAGAUCUCCCUCCCAUCCGACCAUAUCCAUCAGCUCGUCAAGAACAAGGGUUACGCGCAGCUCAUCGCCAGCUGGCACGACUGGACCGGCGCCAUGCGCUGGGACGGCGCGGACGUCGCGGCCAAGUACGCCCAGGCGGCGACCUUCGGCGACAUCGUGAAGAUCGUCGGCAAGGCCAACGCGUUGGAGGACAACCUCGCGCUACUGGACUUCGCCCGCGCGCACGACCGCAAGCCGCUGAUUGCACUGAACAUGGGUGAGGCUGGCCAGAUGUCGCGCGUGUUGGGGACGUGCUUUGUGCCCGUGUCGCACCCGAAGCUGCCGUUCAAGGCCGCGCCGGGGCAGCUGUCGUUCGCGCAGAUCCAGCAGGCGCUGCAUCUGCUCGGUGCGCUGCCGGCGAAGAAGUUCUACCUCUUCGGCACGCCGAUCGCGCAUUCCAUGUCUCCGACGCUGCACAACACGGGCUUCGCGGCCCUUGGGCUACCGCAUACCUACUCGCUGUUGGAGACGUCGACCGUCGGCGAUGAGAUCAAGGCCGCCGUUUCCGCACCUGACUUUGGCGGCGCGUCGGUGACGAUACCGUUCAAGCUGGACGUCAUUCCGUUGCUCGAUGAGCUCUCGGACGCGGCGAAGGUGAUAGGCGCCGUCAACACUAUCAUCCCUAUCCAGCGCGACAGCAAGCGCAUCCUGCGCGGCGACAACACGGAUUGCCUGGGCAUCCAGGCGGCCGUCACCUCACGUCUGGCAGGCGCACGCGUAGGCUCCGCCCUCGUCCUCGGCGCCGGCGGCACUGCACGGGCAGCUAUCUACGCGCUUCACGCCCUCGGCGCCUCGCCGAUCUACCUUUUCAACCGCACACGGUCGAAAGCCGAGGAGCUGCACGCAGCGUUCCCCAACGCGCCCGUGCUAGUCCUCGACAAGCUCGACGCCUGGGGCGAGAACACACCUGCGCCGAACGUUAUCGUCUCCUGCGUCCCCGCCGCCGCGACCACGACGGAGGCUGGCUCGGAAGGCUUGCACCUCCCGCAGGGACUACUGGCACACCAAAAUGGACCCGCGGUCGUCGUCGACAUGGCGUACAAGCCCGCGGAGACGCCUUUGCUGCAGCUUGCCAAGGCGGUGGGCGGCGAGCACUGGUCGACGGUGCCCGGUGUGGAGGUGCUCCUCGAGCAGGGCUUCGUGCAGUUUGAGCUAUGGACCGGGCGCGCGUGCCCGCGCGAGAGCGUAUCGAAAACGGUGUGGGCGAAGUAUCUGGGUCAAGCAUAGACGUGCAUCAGUGUGAAGUGUAUGGGUGAAGCUAACUAUCUAUCGGGAUCUUAUGUGCUGUCGUGUUAUAUGAACCAAAAUGUAGUUCCUUCUGAUUUCCAUCUAGAAUAAGCAUCAUGAUGUCUGACAUGAGCCUCCGGUGC